CUGCCAGUCCACCACAUUGCCGCCGCCUUCCGCCAACAACCAUCCAGUCGCGACUCCCUACCGGCCAUCGGAGUUUCGCUGGCGCAGCCGCCCUCCGCCUUUACUUGCAUAACCGUCGUCGCCGUCUCUCACCUUGCCGUCGCACUUUCUCUGCACGGCGUCGCCAUUCUCAGCCCACCAUUAACAUCCAGCCACAGCCGCCAUACAAACCAGCCCGAUAUGCCGCGCGUCUCCGUCACCACCACGACACCGGCAACAUCGCGUGUGUCGGCGGCGACUGCAACGAUCGGAGCUUCAUCGUGGAGGCGGAGGACGGCAACUGGUCGGAGCUCUUUCGCAUCUGGCUGCACUGCUGUGUCUGGUGGAGAUGCGGCGGUCGAUUCAGCAAUCGCACGUCGGUUGCGUGCUCAGCUCAGCAUUAGCCACCAGCUUGUCACCAUUGUUGUUCGUCGCCUCCUCCAGCCCAAAAUGCAACUGCCAGCGUCACUGCAUGUGAGUCGCAUUCUCAGUCCCGCCGUCGUUAGCCACAUUAUCAAGCCCGUCUGCCAUGUCUCCGUCCUCACCAACCCACUGCAGCAUCCAAUCCAUCCGCUGCCAACAACCAUGCUUGGCAUCACCAGCGUCCUCAAUCUCGCGAGGGCCGGUCAUCGGAGGGUAGAGUAUUCCCAAGAUAGGGUCAAUGACGGAAAGACCAACAUCCUGACCUUGCCAGAUCUCCUCAAAUCAGUCCACCACUUCUAUCGGCGAACAACAAACCAUCUAACACGCACCUUCAGGCUGUCAGCAACACCCACCAUUUCGGUCGGCGGCGGUGGCGGCACUCAUCGUCGAGAUUCAGAGGAUGAAGGUGUCGGGGGGUUAAUCUUCGGAGGCUAG